AAAUUAAAACUACUAGAAAAUUUUGAAUCAAUUAAGCUCUUUUCAAAAUUUAUUUAUUCGUUUUUGGCGCUAGUCGAAAGAAACAUCAAAGCAAAAAAGAAAUUCAAAAGGCUUCUUGUCUCCAGCCCUUUUUCCUCCUCCUUCCUCCGUCGUCUCGUCGAAAGCCAAGACCCACCGUCGACGGAUCUUUCUCUCUCACUCUCUAUCUCAUCCCACGUUUGCAGAGCAAACCUUAGCCACCCCACAAGCUCCUUUCUCUCUCUUUUGCAUAUUCUCUGAGCAUCAUUUACCUAUUUAAAAUGUCCUCUGUUACUUCAUCCACUUGUUCAUGAUUUUUAUUGUAUUUUACAAAUUGUUCAUUUCCAUUUGAGUAAACCAAUAGGCUUUUUUAUGCUUUGGAUUCUUCACGAAUUUUUCCUUUGAUUCCGGGCUCACUGGGUUUUGUCCACCAUGUAUUUGAUUUAAUUUCAAAGACAAAAAUUUUGAAGCCCUAGGAAAAAAAAAAAAAAAUUCCAAGGGGUGGAGCCGCGUUAACUGGCUAAGGAGAAUGGGAGAUCUUUCUAGAAAGAUUGAUAUGGAGAAGCUGAUCUCUUACGGCGACGAUCUCGUGGCGGUCUUGAAGGACAAGAGGGACAUCAACAAUUUAACGCAGUGUCUCGAAAAUGCCGAGUCUCUCCGUGCUUCUUCCAAUGCCGAUUUGGAAGAGGUUCAGAGCUUGCUUCAAGAUUAUGAGAAAAGGAUAGAUGCAUGCAAACAGAAGACAGAAACAGCAAAAUCCGAAGUCAUUGCUGAUGAAGAAUUAGACCGACUUCAACAGGAAUUGGAAGAUGAACUUGAAAAAGAAAGUUUGCUUUUGAAGGAGCUUAGAGUUGUUGCCGAUGAGAUUAAUGAUUUGGAGCGCAAAAGAAUUUCUGUUCAGCAACGUAAGCAGAUUAUGAAGAAACUUGGGCAAGAUGAGUUCAGGGCACAGAGGAAGCUUUCAAUGUAUGCAUCUGUUACAAAUAUUAUUCCAGACCUGGAUGAUCAGUCUAAAAUUUCAGGCCAUAUUGUGGAUAGGGAUAAAAAACUGGUCCAGAAGUUCGAAUUUGAUGCAUCACAGAUGACCACCUUUGAUGCAUGUGAUAGCAUUUGGAAGAUGAUAAUUUCAUGAUGGGUUUGAACUUCCUAACCUUCAGAUGGCUUUGUAAUAUGAUGUAGGAACCAUUUUCUUUCUUUUUCUUUAUGGUAUUCUACGAACUUGGUUUGGUGUCUUCCAUGUUGUAUUUAUCGGGCAUUUUUUGAUUUGUGGUGAUAUACUAUAAGAAAAUUUUCCAAAUGCUGCUUAAGGUGGAGAUGUUGCAUCAAACAGGUAACUUUAUCUGGUUUCUAGUAAGAGUUUCAUUCUGUUUCAAAAUUAUGGUAAAAUAUGAAUAUAAAUAAUAAAUUUACUUUCCCGAAGAAA